AUGGCACCUGGUAUGAUUUGCAAUGAGUCUGACAUAUCAACUCCCAUUUCGGAUAUCGAUUCAGACUUAUAUUCAAUUACUACCGAUAUUUCAAGACUUUCAUCAACGGGCAAUCGUCUGCCACGGAAAAAAUACUUACUCCACAGCAAAAUCUGGAGCCAACCCCGACUCUUGACAGCGGGUAAAGGAAGGUGGUGGACUGCAACGGAUGAUAGUGGAACAUGGAGGGUUUUCGACGGAUCUGGUGGAGCUGCUGUGUCAUGUAUUGGCUACCAUGACCAAAGAGUUUUCGAUGCUAUGAACGAGCAGAUGAGUACUGGCGUCAGCUAUGCACCUGCAGCAGAUUUUUAUACCGAUCCAGCGUAUGAUUUGGCAGAAUGGGUCAUCAAAUCCACAGGUCAUCUCAUGGGAGGUUCUGAUGCGACCGAGGCCGCAUUAAAGAUGGCAAUACAGUAUCAGACAGCGGCGAAACCAGAUCCAGAGCCCAGUCGUCAAUUCUUCAUUGCGCGACAUCGCUCUUACCACGGAGCUACACUUGCCUCACUUGAAAUAAGCGGGCAUGAUGCCAGGAAGCAGCCGUUCCGUCCGAACUUCUCAGGAAAAACAAGCUUCAUAUCACCAUGUUAUCCCUACAGAGAGCUCAUGGAGAACGAGACAGAAGAUCAAUACGUAGGCCGUCUUGCCGAAGAGUUGGAGACCGAAAUACAGCGUCUUGGACCCAAGAACGUAGCAGCCUUUGUCAUGGAACCUGUAGUCGGAGCUGCUCUUGGAUGUGUUGCUGCCUUGCCAAAUUAUCUCGCGGCCAUGAAAGCUGUUUGCAAGAGAUAUGGCGUGCUGUUGAUAUUCGAUGAAGUAAUGUGCGGUAUGGGAAGGGCCGGCCACCUUCACGCAUGGCAGGAAGAGAUGGUUGUUCCGGAUAUCCAGAUCAUUGGAAAAGGUCUUGCUGGCGGCUAUGCUGAGCUUUCUGCCAUUCUUUGCAGCCCAGAUAUCCACGCCGCAUUCGGGGAAGGAAGGACAGGCUUCAACCAUGGCCACACAUUCCAGAAUCCCCCUGUUGGUUGUGCGGCAGCACUAACGGUACAAAGAAUCAUCGAGGAGGAAGAUCUGGUGGAAAAAGUACGUAAAAACGGUGAAGUACUGCACCGAAAGCUAGGCGAGCGGCUUUCAUAUCAUUCCAACGUGGGAGAUAUUCGUGGCAAGGGGCAUUUCUGGGGUAUUGAACUCGUCUCCAACAAGGCAACCAAGGCUCCCUUGCCUUCCGAAAAAGGGGUUGCUAUGGCCAUUCACGAAAGGGGCUUGACCCGCGAGCAUGGAAUAUAUAUUUACCCAGGCUCUGGUACAAUGGAUGGCAAGAGUGGCGACCAUCUUAUCAUCGCCCCAGCGUUUAACAUCACAGACGACGAGAUUGACCUGCUCGUUGAACGUCUUGGCCGCCUCGUCGAGGACUAUUUCAACGAUUACCAUCGCUCCACAAAGUCCGUCUUGUAA